CAUAGGUUCAUAGACAAAACAUUCUAAAAUCUCAGCUUUCUUUUGUGUAAACAAAUGUCCUCUCCAGAGAGAGAAACCCUGUUUCUAUAUCAAACACACACAAGUGGGAACAGCUCCUAAAACUCUAAGGAUAUUUGGCCACUGUAAAUAAGAUAUUCUCUGAGUACCUAGGCCUGCAGUGGAUUGAUUUUUUUUUUAUCAUUAUUUUCCAGAUACCACCAGAGAUGUAACAAAAGUGUUUGCUAACAGCUUCUGUAGUGAAAGCUACCUGAAGAACACGCCCAGCUCAGCCCCAACACUCCCUCAUCACGAAGUAAAGAAGGUGAACUAAAAAGAGGAAAAGACACAAGCAUGUCAGGCAACAAAGAAAGGAAGAGUCAAGGCAUUCCUGAAGAAGCUCUGGCUAAACGAGACACGUCUUCAUUAACCGAUGCUAUAGAGCAAGUUGCAAAGCAACAACGAUCACAAACGUCAGAAACAGAAAAAAACAAAAAAGUUCUGUUCCAUUUGCAGAAUGAACUACAUGAGCUUGAAACACAAAUAGAAUCUGUCUGUGCGGAAACUAAAGAAACCGAAAGGCGAAUUUAUCAGCAAGACGCUGCCAUACAGAAUACCAAGCUUCAGUGUGGAAAUCUGGAAAACCAAAUCAAAUCCUUGCAUUCAGAAAAUGUGAGGCUUAAAUUUGACAUAGAAGCAGCCCAAGAGGAUUUUGAGGAACACAUGAUAAGAUACAAUGAAUACUAUGGAAAAAUGAAAACGCAUAAAGACAGUUUGAGGGAGGUAGAAAGCAAAUGGUCAUUCAUGACUGAACUCGAUGAGAAACGAGAGCUCGUUAAAAAACUAAAGAUAAUGAAAGAGGAACUUAGGCAGGAUCUCCAAAAUCCAAAAGGAAACGUUAUGAAACAACUACAGGAAGACAUUGCAAAGCUAAAGGAUAAAAUUAUAACUGUAAAAGAAUCCAUCAUUGAAAAAACUUGUUUUCUUGAGGAAGAAAAAAAGACACAUGAAAAAUUAAGAAAAGAAAUAGAGGUACAACAUAAGAGAUACGGUGCAAUUCUUAAGCGUUUGCACUGUCAAGUAAACAAGCUUCAGUCAAAUAGAAGACAAUGGCAAUGGAACAUUCAACAACUGGAAAAAACUGCAGCCGAACUGAGAAAAUGCAUUGGAAUGAAAGAUUAAUAUGUCCAUAUGGCGAUGAAAAGCACGGACUGUUACAAAAAUUGUGGGACAGAAAGGUGAGAAAAUCCUAUAAUUCUUAACAACCAGCAUCCACUAUCAGAAAUCUGUCUUACUGACAGAUACAUUUUCUCUCUCUCUUUUUUUUUUGAAUCAGUUAUCUGUUUGUUAAAGUGCCUUCCAACCCUAUAAUUGAUAGCUGUGGGUAGACGGUAGGAAUGCUCAUAAAAGGAUAGUGGAAGACUCUGUAUGAAUACUUUGAAUGGAUAAGAUAUACUGUACUCAUGAAUGCCUGUUGAUAAACCUGUUGCCUUCACUAUCAUAUGAAGCAACAAUUUAGAAGGAAAGAAAUGCUGAAAUUUACAAUGAUUUACAUUCUUAAGAUAUUUUAAAUGGUUGUCUGUUUCAAACUUUUUGUGAGAACUGACUUUUUGAAACCACUGGCUUCGAAACAGGCCAUGAAUAUUGACAUUUAUAAUAAUGUUAUAUGUUCAAGACUUCACAUAUUUUACUCAGUUUUCUCUUUAUCCAGAAAGUAGCCAUCAUUUCUACUUUCUUGUUAGCAUAUUUUAGAAUGUUGCAGUGUAUACAAUUUUUGUUCACUUUUCUGUCUGUAAGUUCUUUGUUACUAUUCUGUAAGUAAAUUGAAGUUAUAGCAUCAUAUAAGGCAAACUUAUCAGCUCUUAAAAGAAGAAUGUUAACCAGUAUAGACUACCAUGUAUUUUUUCUCAUUGAAAGUCGUAUACUGUGUCCACAGCAGCAAAUCAAAACUUAACUUGUCUCUUUUAGAAUAAAAGUGGUCCUUCUUGUGGCUCCAUUGAGUCAGAUUUUAAGAAGCAGAAACAAAAUAUUAAUUGUUGAAGAUAUGGUUUUUAAAUAUUUAUUUUUAGGACUUAAUGAGUUCAAAGCAACAACGUCAAAAAGGUAUCUCAAGUCCAUUUUCUCCUCACUUUUCUACGUGCACAAGAUUCAGUAGAGCAUAGCCGAUAUUAAAACCUGAUACUAAUAAUCUUGUUAUGCCCCGCACUAUCAGUCCUGUUGUGAAUUUGCAUAGCUUAUGAUGGCUAACACUUCAAAUGGUUUAAUACUGUAACACAUCAGCUUUGGUCCCUGAUUCAGAAAUGUAGUUAUGAAUAAAAACAGCUAAACCUGAAGAUUGUAGCGAACACUCACUAUGCUCAGCUGAAGACAAGGCUGAA